AUUAAUUCACUUUGUAUGACAUAAUAAUUCUGCAGUAAUAAAAGAUGCAAGUUAUGGAUUCGAAACCAAGAAGUAGAAUUGUUGGGGUGUCAGCAAAAACUUUAUCUUCGCAGGGAUACGCUGUUUGUUUUUUUCCAGAACAACCUCCAAGGAAAGUUAUUGAAGAACAGGAGCAGGAAAAAAUCUUUCAAAAAUCUGAAGUCAAAAAAGUUGAAGCCAAAAGAUUAGAAGAAAAAUUAGAAGAAGUCAAGUACAUAAGAUUGCAUUGGAGGAACAGAAUAACCUACGUGGUAGCUUUCAUGGCCUUCACUCUUUCUCUAAACAAUGCGUACCAUUUCCCCAUGAACAUUUAUCGCUUUGGAGGAAACUUCUUCAUCCCUUACACUGUCGUCACAAUAUUUGUUGGCUACCCUCUGCACGUCCUACAGUCUUCACUAGGUCAAUAUAGCCAACGUGGUGUCUUAUGGGUGUGGGAAUGUGCCCCUUUUUGCUGUGGAGUCGGUGUUGCGAUGGUUCUCGCGUGCGCUCUUGUCGCUUUGUAUCACAACAUUUUCGCUGCUUAUUCUCUCAUCUAUUUUUCCCAUUGCUUCCAUUCGAUUCUUCCUUGGACUUACUGCGAAGUGGAAGAAAAUCACACUCAUGCGUGCGCACCUCCAUCAUGGUACAUCUCCCAUAAUAUCAAUUUAUCAUCCCAGGAGUAUUUCUACAAUGUUGUUAUUGACACCAAUGAUAAGUCGCGAGACGUGUGGUCAAUGGGAUCGAUAAAGUGGUGGUUGGUUAUUUCUUUAGUUUUUUCUUGGGUUGUUUGUUAUGUUGCUAUUCUUCGAAGUGCUCGUUCAAUUGGAAAGAUUUGCAUUUUUAUAAUUAUCUUUUCCUAUUUUACACUUUUAAUGCUGAUUAUUGUGGCGCUUCAGUUGAAACAGUUUGGAAAAUUUACGGAAAUUCUUUCAGGAGUUAGACAAUCGGUGAGUUGGUGGAAUUUGGAUAUGUGGUGUGUGGCAACUAUGCAAGUUAUUGUUGAAUUGGGGUUAUGUUAUGGUAUUCCGAUAACUUAUGGUUCCUAUUGCCAUUUUCGUAAUGUUUAUCAGACCGAUUCGCUCAUUCUUUGCUCAAUGAACUAUUUACAUUCUUUGAUUUUUUUCUUCUUGUUUUUCUCGUUUAUGGUUAGGUAUUCUUGUGGUUCUAAGGAUUUUCUUAAACGAUUACCAGAGAACACCAUCGAGAUGGUUUACAUAAUGUAUUCGGAAGCGUUUGCAACUUUACCAGGAAGCCAAUUUUGGUGUAUGACUUUUUUCCUUAUGCUGUUUUUUAUUCUUAUUGGGACACAAAUUGCUAUCCUUGAGGCUAUAAUGACCGCCAUUUACGACAACUUUGUUUAUUUAUCUCAAUUUCGUCCCUGUAUCAAUUUUCUAGUUUGUGGUGGCUUUGCUGUGCUGAGUUUUUGUUUUUGUUGUGACAAUGGUUUGUAUCAAGCUGUUUUCUUGGGUUCCUUCCCCAUUUGGAUUACUGUGAUUCCUCUUUCUAGUUUGUUUGUUUUGGGUAUACUUUUCAUUUAUGGUUUGAAUCAGUAUUUUAGAGACAUGAACUUGAUUCAGAAAGACAAAAACAACUUGAAUCUAAAAUUUUGUAUUUUUGCCUUAUUAACAAUUUUAAUUUUUGUUUUGCUCAUAAUUUUAAUUAAAAGACCGUCUAAUACAUUGACUGGUGAUCAAAACUAUGAUUUCACUCAAGUUGUUAUAAUGUGGUUCAUAUAUUCGUUGUUUAUUGCUACAGUCAUAAUUUUUGCCUUUUUAUGGACAAUGCAUUGUAGAGUUGCACGGAAGAAAGUGUUCAAGUCGUCAGUUACUUGGAUGAGAUUUUAUAAUGAGAGAGCUGAAGGUAGAGGACAAUUUAGUUAUGAUUAUUUGUCUUCAUAUUUUUGGGCCUGGAAUGCACAUUAAUAAAGAACAAUUUGGAAUUGAUGACCUUUUCUUUAUUAUUUAUGUAUAUUUGCGAUAUGUCUAAUUAAUAUAAAUUUAGAGUAAAAAUAUUGAUUCUUACAAAAGUUACACCGUGUGUUUAGCACUCUUUACAAAAUAGCUGCAUAU